AUGCAUUACGACAUUAGAGGCCACACCAAGAUACAAGAUAGUAACUUUGCCACGAUGUGUUCAGCUGUCGGAGAGGGUGACCUUGUGCGGUGUUUGCCUGCGAUGGAGGAUUGCGUAACUGGGAAGUGCACGAUGAUCCCUGGACAGCGCACUGCAGGUGGUAUCCAUCCUCAAAACCAGCUGACUGAAACUUCAAACCAGCAAUACAGAUAUCCUGUACAGUCCGAAACAGAGGCUAGACUGGAAACAUUUGACAAUUUCCAAAUUAGAUUCCCAAUCAACGUGGACGACCUUGCUCAAGCAGGUCUAUUUUACACAGGUGUUCGAGAUUACGUAAGGUGCUUUGCGUGUGGCCUAGGACUUAGAAACUGGAAAGAUGAUAGUGAUCCCCUAAUUGAACAUAUUAAAUGGUCCACAACAUGCAUAUUCUUAACAGACUUGAUUGGAGAAUACGCUACAUCGAACUUGUUUCAAAAAGCCGUUACUGAAGAAUCUGUUGUCACGUUCAGAAACACACAGACGAAUGAAGAUGAUCCAAGAUUGGAGUUAAAUGGCGAAGCUCAAGGUCCAGGUGAUGCCAUUUGUGACGUUAUCAGGUGCACUCAAACUGGAGAAAAAACACUUUUGCAUGAUUCAAUAGAAAGUAUGAGCCAAAUAAAUGCAAUCAUAGCAGAGAAUAUACAUCUAAAGGAAAUGAUCACGUGCCAAGCAUUUUAUUACCGUGUAAACACUGGGUUCUGUGCAAACGAUGUGCAUCAAAUAAAAAGACAUGUCCAGUCUGCAAAAAGAAAGUUGAAGACGUGUUUCCAGCUGUACUCAUGCCAUCUGAAGGAUAUAUUUUAAAAGAAAAUGGACGUUUAAAGAAACAGCUGUUCUGCCAGAAGUGUAAACUCAACAAUACAAACGCUAUGUUCCUUCCAUGUGCUCAUCACACUUUAUGCUUUGAGUGUGCACAGAGUUGUAAAAAAUGCCAGAUCUGCAAAUGUGAAGUUAGCGAUAUUAUCAAAACAUUUAUGAGUUAAUACGUUUGUGUGACGAGAAAUGUACGUAUGGAUAAGGCAUUUACCGCUAACACUGUUUAUGUUUUAGCUCUGAUGAUAUAAUAAUAUAGUACACCGACAUCUUUGCCGACAUGGUGUCGUUGUUGUUAAGCAUGAAUGCAUACGCCAGACUAUGCGAAAUUAAACGCAACUUCAACAAAGGUUUUUUUUCGUAUUGCCUACAUAUAUAUCUAUAGUUUGAUACCACACCAAAAUAUUGAACAUGUGGUUUAUUAAGUAUAUGUCUAAUAAACUCAACAAUAGGUGUUUAUUAUGAAACUGACAGCAUGUAUAUGUUGUAUCAGGAGUUCCGAUUUGCGCAUAAGUAGCCUAUAUUCAUCUUUUAAGGAAGAAAAUGUCGAUUUUGCACGGUUUUUUACUUAAACAUUUUUUGUUUAUUU